AUGAGAAGACAGUCACGUCGGUUUCACUAUACCGAGGAUGCACCCUACGAAGAAGCGGAAACUGCUGCCACUAACAAUGAAGAAGCUGGCAACAAUGAGCUCAUCGAGGAAGUGACCAGAUGCGUUUGCGGCAGCGACGAUUUGAUAAUUCCGGAUGAUUCUGGUUCAGAUUUCGAUGACGUGGAUACUGGAUUUUUCAUUCAGUGUGAGCUCUGCUCUGUUUGGCAGCAUGGCUACUGUGUUGGUAUCAAAACUGAGAACACUGCUCCCGAAAAGUACUGGUGUGAACAAUGCCGACCGGACAUGCAUUAUUUAUUCAUGGACAGAUACGGAAUACAGAGAAGUCAAUACAAUCCGGAUGCGGAACACAACGAACAUAGCAGCGACAAUAUAAAUCAUAGCAGCAAAAACAGUAGACGCAGUACUAGAAGAAAGAGAUCAGAGGAGAAGGUGAACAUACCUGCUAAUCCCGAACCUGGCAUUGAAGAAGAAAAGGAUGACACAAAUGAUGAAGGCGAUUCAGAUGAUAAAGAUGGGAAACAUAAGCGAUCCAGGAAGACGCUUCACUCUGUAAGAGAUUACAAUUACGAGGCAAUGUUGAGGAAGGCACUAGAGGAAAGCGCACGUGAGAGUGGAGUUCAACCUGAAGAGAUCAACGUCUCGUCUACAGAAGUACCUCCAUUUCGAAAUACAAGAGCCUCUUCUAAGCGCAGAGCAAGAAGUGGCAGCAAUACUUCCGAUGAAGGUGACGAGAAUGGCACCGAUAGUCACCCAUUACGCCAUUCACGGUCUGGAUCAUCUUCUGAUAGAGUUCUUGAUUCCAAUUCUGGAAAUGAGUCGAGCAGUAGUACCUUCAAAAAUGCUAGAAGUACGAGAAGCUCUAAAAGAAGGAAAGUUGCGAUAACAGCUCCAGCUGCCAUUGCUGUCGUUUCUUCUACUGUUAAGACUGCUGCUGCUGCUGCUGCUACAGUGUCAGCGUUAACGGCCGAUUCUGGCAGUGAUUCUAAUGCUUCAAAAGGAUUAUCAAGAUCUGAGACGAGAACGAGGACGAAAAGAAGCAAGCGUACGAAGCAGCCGAAAGAGAACAACUUUGAAGAAGAUAAACCAUUCAGGGUCAACGUUCCAAGCAGCCGAAUUAGUAUGAACGAAAUGAAACGCAGAGUGUUUUCGAUUAUGGAGUUCAUAUCGAACAUCCAGUUAGAGCUUUCCAGCGAGGAAGAUACCAAGAACUCCUUACUCGGAAUGCAGGACGAUAAGAGCGGGUUUCGAACCCCAGAGAAUACGGAACUUCAGAAGAUUCUUAUAAGCUGCUACAACGAGUCUGUGGUAAGACUCGACUCGCUGACAAAGCGGCUUAACGAAUGGGAAAAUAAAUACCGUUAA